AUAGUUUUGGAAAUAUUUGGGAAAUUUAUUACAUACAUGGGUUCAUUUUCUGCAAAUUAGGCCAACCGCAUAAUUCAUUUCUGUAAUUUAUAAAACCAACUUACCAAGACUUGCGGACCACCCACCCCGCGCUAAACUGGUGUGUGUCAAAGGCACGCUCACGUUUUUUUUCUUCAUUAUGACUUAAAAGAUCAAUUAACCUGAUAAUUACGAUUUAGUAACAUUGUGAUAUACUGACUAGAAUCAAGUUAAAAUGGCUUCUGAUCACUAUUCAAGGGAAUCAAGAUAUGGUACUGAAAGAUCUGGCCGAAAAUCAACCUCUCGUGACGACAGAGGUCGAAGAAGGGCUCGAAAUAGAGAGGACAUCCAGAUGGAAACGAGCACUGACAGGAUUUCAAGACCUCGGAAAAGAACUCGUGAACCAUCUCCCUAUUCCGCUCCUAAGCGGAGACGAUCUAGAUCAGACGAAUCACGUCGAGACCUGAGACAUGAAGAUCCACAAGAUGCAGAUAGAUUUGAGGUCCGAUACUCGCGGAAACAUGACUCAAGGUCAGCGAACUACGACAAGCAUUAUGAGGAUAGAGAAUUGACGAGACGGGACGGAAGUAGAAACAGACGAGAUCAGAGAUAUAGUAGGGAUGAAAGGUAUUGUGGUCCAGACCAAUCUUAUCGCGGAGAAUCGCGUAGAAAAGAAAGAUAUCCGGAGAACAGAAGGGAUUCCCGUCGUCUACAGUCGCGGGACUUAGAGAGACGAAACGACUAUGAUGAACGGCAUAGAGAGGAAGAUUAUUCGCGGAGAACAGAGCGAAAAGGAUCGAAUGGUCAGGACAAGAGUAGAAAUUUUAAGAGGUCCCGUAGUCGAUCUUACAGAGGCAAUACGAAACGAAGCAAGCGUGACUCUCGUCCUCUAGUCGAAGAUGAUGAAGAAGGCCAUCUUAUAUUUAAAAAAGGAGAUAUAAUUCAGGGCAGGUAUAAGAUUCUGGAUGAGUUGGGUGAAGGAACUUUUGGCAAGGUAGUCAAGUGUGACGAUAUGAGUAGAAAGAAAAUACUUGCGAUUAAAAUCAUAAAGAAUGUGAAGAAGUAUCGGGACGCUGCUAAGCUUGAGAUCAAUGUGUUGAAUAAGCUGGCUGAGAAGGACCCGGAUAGUAGGUUUAAGUGUGUCCAGAUGUACGACUGGUUUGAUUAUCACGGACACAAAUGCAUCGCAUUCCAGCUUCUCGGAAAGAGUGUGUUUGAUUUCCUUAAGGAUAACAACUAUGAACCCUAUCCUCUGGAGCAUGUGAGAAGUAUUGCUUACGAACUCUGCCUUUCCGUCAACUUUAUUCACACUCAAAGGUUAACGCACACAGAUCUCAAACCUGAGAAUAUUCUGUUCUAUGACAGCAGUAAAACCAAGAAGGAUAAAAAGACAAAACGAGAUAUCCUGCUCAACCCGGAGAUCAGAUUAAUUGAUUUCGGUAGUGCAACAUUUGAACAUGAACACCACUCAUCUAUUAUCCAAACACGACAUUACAGAGCUCCGGAGGUUAUUCUCAAACUAGGUUGGAAUCAUUCUUGUGACAUUUGGUCUGUUGGGUGUAUUGUUUUCGAACUUGCCCUUGGAUUCAUGUUGUUUGACACCCAUAGCAGCCAGGAGCAUCUUGCCAUGAUGGAACGUAUACUCGGAACUAUACCACAGCAGCUAGCAGCAAAUUCAGGGUCCCCAUACUUCAAGAAAGGAGUACUAGAAUGGAACCCUGAGUCUAAGGAAGGAAGAUACGUGAGGAGGAAGGUAAAACCUUUGGAGCGGUAUAUUCCUCGUGAGUUCAGAGAGAACAGAGAUUGGAACGAUAUGUUUGAUCUGAUCAAGAGGAUGCUAGAAUACGAUCCUGUACAUAGAAUCACACUCCCACAAGCUAUGGAGCAUCCAUUUCUUGAAAAAAUUGCUCUUAGAAAACCCUCUCGGUCUAGUAGUGGAUACGCCUCCAGAUAAUUGAUGCAUCUCUUUUCUUCAUAUAAAAAAACUGUUCAGCUGUAAAUACUUUUCUAGAAAUUUUAUGUUUCUAAAUAUUAAACACAUUUUAAAAACGUGUUUAGAACGUGAAUUUAUUUCUAGAUUUAAAUACAUUUUUGUUAUCGCAUACUCUAUUUAAAAAUGAUCAAUUGCAUUACUUGAAAUAUUAAGUUCAUGCUAUUUUUACUUAUUAUUUUCGUACACUGGGAAGGAAAUACACAUUAAGAUAAUUAUUAUAUUUCUAGAUGGAUAUAAACUUUGCAUAUAUACAUCUAGUUGAUGAUGAAAUAUCUAGCGACUUAACAAAAAUCUCCAAAUAAUAUACUGAACAAUAUGUAUCAAGUGGUAUCAUUCAAUUAUUUUCUAAUAUUUAAACCCUAAAUCCUAGAAAAAGAACAAAGUUACUUUAACAAAUCUAGAUUUAUGUUUGAUAAACUUCAUGAAAAUAAGGAUAAUUUUUAUUAUAUCGUAUUUUAUCUCAAAAUAAGGACUUUUUCUAUUUAAAAAGAUAAAAUGUCUUGUCAGUUACCAACUUACACUUUUAUUGACAAAUUACAUUUAACAGACCUUGAAAACGAAAAGGAAUAUACUACUUAUGGUUUGUAUUUCAUGAAUACCAUAAAUACUGCCCCACGGGCCCACAGGAUUUAACAUGCAUGCAAUACGGAACCUGAAACUAGUUAAGGACUUUUAAAUUGAUCUUAAUGUUUUUUUACUAUUCUAAAUUGAAUUAUAAAAAUGAAUUUCUGAACAAGUUUUGCCUCUCGCUUUAAAAGCUUAAGUUGUUUUCUGAAUUUCGCUAAAAGUUUUAUUCCUUGAGUCCUUGAAUGCCUCUCUCUUCUCACGGGGGCAGUAAAAGAACAACUGGACAAUAAAAUAAAAUAAAAAUA